AUGGGGUCGGUGCUCGACGCGGGGGCGGUGGUGGGCCGGCGCGGGACGAACCUCGGCCGGAGGUGGGGGACGGAGCGGGGUGGUGGUUGCAAGCGGGAAUUUUGCAUGUUUAUGGGCUCUAUUAGAGAUGCUCCGAGGCCCACCCUGCCCACCGACGUGCCCGCCCUAAGCUCGCUCCGCCCCGCGCUGCCCCCACCUCACGCCGCCCCCGCCACGCCCCCAUGCUGUGCUCCCCACGCCCCGCCCCACGGCGCCGCGAGCUCACGCCACCCACGAGCUCGCGCCUUCCCAUGGCGCCGCGAGCUCACCGCCCCACGCCGCCCACGAGGUCGCCCCGCCCCACGCCAUCGUGAGCUCGCCCCGCGCCGCCCCAUGCCAUCCGUCUCGAGCUCGCCCCGCGCUACGCCACCUUCCAUCGGCCGCCCUGAUGUAGUCCAGCAAGGUCGCGAUGCUACAUCCCGGUUGGAUUAG